AUCGUCACAUCCACGUCGCAACAACAGCACCACGGACAGACGCAGGUUAUUGAAAGUGGAUGGUUUGUGGCGUUUCAAAGCGGGUUAUAGUUAUGCCAUCGAUGAUAAUUAAGCGCCACACUCAGAGACUAAAGCUGAUUUGCGGAUCUACGCAGUUAUUUUAUUAUUAAUAUUAUUAUUGUUUUUUUUUUUAAAGAAGCGAAGAGAAUGCUACCCAUAAGGGUUUCUCCCCUAUUGACUGCUCGUGAUCCUGAGACCGAGCUCCAGGCUCCAGCAUGAGGGGGGUCAUCGGAGGCUGUUCUUGGCCGCAGCUCACUCGCUCUCGUCGGGGAGAGGAGGAGGAUGAGCAGAAAGCUCACCGGGGGCCUGCAGGCGAUAAAGUUAAGCACCUGCAGCAGGAGGACGAUGCCUCCCUCGAAAGUCUUACAGAAAGUGGACUGCGCACCCCGCAGUGCCGGAUCUGCUUCCAGGGCCCAGACAAGGGAGAGCUGUUGAGCCCCUGCCGCUGUGAUGGUUCUGUCCGCUUCUCUCACCAGUCUUGCCUUAUCCGCUGGAUCGGGGAAACGGGCUCCUGGCGCUGUGAGCUCUGCCGCUUCAAGUACCGGGUAUUUUCCAUUUGCACCAAGAACCCACUGCAGUGGCAAUCUAUCUCGCUGAACUUGAUUGAAAAGAUACAGAUUUCAGCCAUCAUCCUGGGCACUCUGUUCCUCACAGCCAGUUUUGGUUGGCUUAUGUGGUCAAUUGUCAGCCCCUACGCAGAAUUCCAGCACCAGGAUUAUAUCUUUAAGAUAUUAUAUGGCCUGUACAUCUUCAUGGAUUUCGUUUGCAUAGGACUUCUAAUCCAACAAGGACCGGCUGUUUACCGGAUCAUAAGGCGCUGGCAUACAAUGAACCAGAAGUGGAAAGUGCUGAAUUAUGAGAAAAAGAAAGACUUGACCAGUUGUGACAGCAAAGGUGCUGGUGGUGAGGAAAACACCAGAGAGGUCACACAGAACGGACAGGAACCGAGGCGACGUUUAAGGUCUUGCCUUACUCUUUAUGUUGGCAAUACUGUUCUGCGAAUCCUGAACAGGCUAAGACCCAACAACCUUACCGCCAACCAUGAGGAGGUCAUGAGGGCAACCACUGUAUAGCAGGGUCAGGAGCAUGCAAGUGAACUCUGGUGGUGGUGUAGCAAAAACACCAACAUGAACUUGUUACCCAAAUUUUGUUUGUGGCCAAAGGGUGAAUAGAUCGGUUAUAUCAAAAGUCCCUAAACACACACAAUGAAAAGAUCAUGUUCAAGACUGGUGAAUACAAGUAUAAGGUACUGUUUUUUUUGGUUUUUUUUAACUUUUUUUUUUUUUUACUGUAAGGACGGUUAUAUCAAAAGUCCCUAAACACGCAAUGAACAGAUAUUUUCAAGACUGUUGAAUAAAAGUAUAAGGUACUGGUGUCUUUUUUUUAAACUAAGGACCAAUAACUUGCCCAGCUGUUUUGUGAAGAAUUGACAUACCUUUAGUAGAAACGCUGUUGUGGUUAUUUGUACUGCCAAUUCUAUCGUCAUUAGAAUUUUGCAGGGCUAAUGGGUUUUUAAAAUCCUAAUAAA